AUGCCAACUUCGCAAGAUCCUUAUCAACAUUCACGAUCCCCCAAUACAUCUCAAAAUCAACAAAAUAAAAACAAUAUGGGAAGAUCAAAUGCUGUAUCAGAUCGAUUGCGCAAUGAAGCAGAAUCAUGGGUAGAAAUAUCCUCUCAACCAUCUUCAUCCUCAAUUUCUUCCAUCGAUAAUGAAAUCGUUACAACUGGUCUUCGAGUUUCUCAACAUCCUUCAAUUCGACGGCGCAGACGAUCCCAAAAUCAGUCACGACCGGAAAUUAAUACAAACAUCAACAGACAAAGAAGUUCAAGUAGUCAAGAGGAAUACGAAGAAUCAGAAUCGGAACCAGAUCACAUAGAUAUUAUAACUAGCUCAAAUGAGAUAUCCCCACCAGUUGCCAUUCCAGCACGAUUAUCAACUCAAGAAACAUAUGAUGCAGAAUCAGAAGAUGAUGAUGAUGAGAAUGGUACAGCUUUGGGAAUAGGAAGAGGGACAACAUUACCAUUUACACCUCAACCAAAUGCUUUCUCCCACCCUCCAUCAUCACAAUCUCAAAGUCAUCGAACUCCAGCUCCUACACAAGGCUCAUACUUCCCACGACAAGUUCAUUCACAACCGCGACCACAAUCAUAUCCGUCGCGUAACCACACAACUUCACGAAAUCCCUCAUUUAACAGUUAUGCUCGACCACCUGUAGAUCAUGAUGCUGCUCUUCGGGCUAGUCUUACAACUUUAUUAUCUUGUGCAGCUGCAGCAAGAGGUCUUCCUAAAUCUCCUGGCCAAACUGCCACAAGUAAUGAACCAAUUGGUCUUCGAAUAGUUCCUGAAUCAGAACUUCUUGGUACAUCACCUCAUCCUACAACUAAUAUAUCACGACCUCUAUCGCCAAAUCGUUCGAAAACUAGAUCAUCACAAGAUUCUCAAGAUGAAACUAAACGUAAAGCUAGUCAAACGAAACAAAAUACUCGAGCUUUAAAAAAGAAAAAGAAUGAACUUAUGCAAGGGGAGGAAGCUUUUAUUUCACCUACUCUCCUAACAUGGGUAAUGAGUGCAGGAGUGGUAGUACUUGUUUCUGUAGUUGGAUUUGGAGCAGGAUAUGUCAUUGGAAGGGAAGUAGGAAGACAAGAAGCUUCAGUUCUUGGAGGAUGGAAUGGUUCGAUGAGUGAUGGAAGUUGUGGAAGAGAGGUUGUGAGAAGUGGAAGUGGUGGAUUGAGGAGAUUUAAAUGGGGUGGUAGUGUUGCUAGGAGUAUUGUUGCUUGA